AACAGCAUUAGUCCAAGGAGCUUUCGGCGUGUUGCAGAGCUGUUUGUUGCUCAGAUUUUCAAAGGACUGAAGGCCUGUCCCAGCAUGGACCCCUUGCGGAUCGUGUUACUCAUAGCUUUCAGCCAAGUGGGCGCUGAAAAGGUGUACCCGUUUGACAAGGUGGAUUUCAUCGGGCGCUGGUUUGAGGUUGGAGCUCAACAGGCUUCAAGCUGGGGCACUGUUUCUUUUGCAGUGACCUUCAAAGGCUCAAGUCGGUUGGUGGCUCGCAUACAACCAUACAAUGUGGAGAUGUAUCACACUUGUCAGGUGGAUGACAACGAUCCCUACGUUUUGUCACAUCAAAGUGGAUUGAUGGAGAUUGCAAGGGGACUUGCCAAGGAAGAGACCCACACCAUAAAAUGUGGCCGCAACACUGAGGCAUUUUAUGGAGUGACAAUUUUAGAUGCUCUCUUGGUGGAUGACAGCUGUGUGGCAUUGUCUCCUCCAAGCAUAGCAAAUGAGUUACAUGUGGAGUUCCUGGGUGAUUCUAUCACGGCGGGAUGGCAGGUCUUAUUGAGCUCAGGCUCAUGGGAACAGGGCGGUCCAAGCAACGAGGAUGUAUUUCACAGCUAUGCUGGACGCUUAGCCCAAGCUUGGACAUCAAAUUGGCGUGUCGUUGCCCAAACGAGCAUUGGUGUCCUGCCACAUUACUCUUUCGGGACCAACUUCAAAGGUAUGAAAGAUCAGUUUCUAUGUCGAGAGCUAAAGCUCUAUGAGCCUUGUCCCAAGGAGUGGAAUUUCGAGUGGCAAGCUGAUGUAGUUGUGAUUAAUUUGGGAACCAAUGACUUUAUCUUCAACAAUCCAAGUGAGUCUGAAUUCCAGUCAGCAUAUGCAACAUUGAUUGGGCUGGUUCGAAGCAAAUACCCAACGGCCCUGAUCUUUUGCAUUGUGCCCCUGGUACAAUCUUGCAAGCCUGAUGCAAAAUGGCAAAAAAUGAUAAAUGGAAUCACGAAUGCAGUGGCGAAUGCAGUGAGUUCCGGCGAUGAACGGAUUCUAUUGCAAGGCUCUGGAGAUACACAGACAAGAUUGUUGGAUUGCAUCAGUGACUACGUCGAUCAGAUCCAUCCCACUCAGCAGGGCGCCCUACGCUUUGCAGAGAAGUUGCUACCCAUGAUGACGCCAAAGAUUCGAGAGAACUUUCCUGAGAAGUGUCAAGGUGAAGGAAACACAUGUGGAGCUCAGAGCGCUUCAACCACUGGCCUUAGCAGAACAAGCUCACAAACGACAGACACUACAAUUGUUUCCACCUCAACUGUUGGUGGAAUUGGUGGAUCUGGUGCGAUGUGUUGCUAUCCCAGUUGCAAUGACCCUGCCAGGGUAUGCAAUGAUGAGACGGAGAGCGAAUAUUGCACCAGUUCUCCUGCAAAAUGCCAAGCUUGUGGAGGGGAGUUGUGUGGUCCCACAGCGACAUCGACCAGUGGAACGACGUUACCAGCUACCACCGAAAGGACCACUAUUGGGACCACCUCUCAAAGCUCUCAAAGCGCUGAGUGUUGUUAUCCUGACUGCAGCAGUUCUGUGUGCAACCCUUCAAACAGCUAUUGCAGUCGGUCCUCAGAGAAUUGCCAAAAAUGUGGUGGUGAACUUUGUGGAAGGGUAGAGACACCGACAGAGAGCCCGACAAGUACAAUGGUUACAAGUUCCGCUUCAGGUGGAGAGCUCUUCAAGUGUUGUUAUCCCGAUUGCAGUUCCCAAGUGUGCAAUGAGCCAGAAGAUAGUCCUUAUUGCACCAGCUCUCCUGAAAAGUGCAGCAAUUGCGGUGGGGAGCUUUGUGCUUUUCAAGCCAAUGGGCUGGUCGCAACUUCCCUAAGAGAUGAGAGCUAAAGAAACGAACAGCAAUGCCCUAGUGCCCCAGUCGGCAGUACCCAGUCACUACCCCGUCAGGGUCCAAGCCACGCGACGCCAUUUGCUUCUAGCAUCUCAGGCCUGUGUAGAUGGCCUAGCAAUUUUGUGUUUAGAGGUGUUUCCUGCCAAGGGGAGUUUUGCCUUCACGAUCUCUCAUGAAACAAUCUCACUUGCCUACCCCCUUUAGGUGGCACUGGAAUGGCCUCUAGUUUUGAUAUUUGUCAGGAGAAUACAGAAACUGGGUCAAGAGCGCACAGAAGCGUGAAGGGCAUUCCUGUGAAGCUUGGUUUCUAAAGGUAGACUUCUGCAGAACAUGGGUGUUCCUUUUGCUCGCUUUUUUCCCGAUUUUGACCCAGUCUACUUGGGCAGUAACACUCCAUCUGGCUCAAUUUCGGGUGGACACUGAAGAGGACCUUCCCGAAAAAGAGCUAAAGGACCUUGUAAAGGCGCUGCGAUCUCCGUGGGCAAAAAAGUCGCACCUUUGUUUUUCUUCAUAUUACACGAUUGAAC